AUGUUGCUCUUCAUCUUGCUUUCGCUCUUCAAUUUCGACCCAUCUCUGAGCCUAAAAAUCUGCUCCUUCAAUGUGAGAUCUUUUGGAGAAACAAAAAUAGCCAGACCUGAAGUCGUCGAUGCCGUGGUAAAGAUCAUUUCUCGCUGCGACAUCACGUUGCUGAUGGAAAUAAAGGAGAACAAGAACCUGGUUUGUCCUCUCCUGGUGGAGAAGCUCACCAGGCACCAUCUGGUAUCGGUGAAACAAACCUACCAGUACCCUGACACCCAGCCCGGGGAUGAGGAUGCCUUCUCCAGAGAGCCCUUUGCCAUCUGGUUCCAGUCUCCAAAAACCGCUGUCAAAGAUUUUGCUAUAAUCCCUCUGCACACCACACCGGAGACAGCAGUACGGGAGAUUGAUGAGCUCUAUGACGUGUAUUUAGACGUAAAACAGCGCUGGAAAACCGAGAACUUCAUCUUCAUGGGGGACUUUAAUGCUGGAUGCAGCUACGUUCCCCAAAAGCAGUGGAAGAACAUCCGGCUGAGGACUUACUCUGAAUUCAUCUGGCUAAUUGGCGACAAAAAUGACACGACGGUGAAGAGAAGCACAAGCUGCCCGUAUGACAGGAUUGUUGUCAGUGGGCAGAAUCUCAUCCACUCUGUUGUGCCACAUUCUGCCAACAUCUUUGAUUUCCAGAAGGACUUCCAGAUGACUGAGGAGCAGGCACUGGGGGUGAGCGACCACUUCCCUGUAGAGUUUGAGUUAAAAACAAGAGGCGGCUUCUUCAACUGGCUGAAAUCACAGUUUUCAAGGAGGAGGAGACCAAGAAAGAGCCGUCGCUCGAACUCAUGA